AUGAAAGUGCUGCGCCUCGGGGUGCUGCUGCUGCUGCUGGCACUCACAGGAAACCCCCACUCGUAUGCGACGCUUCCGAUCGGAAGCGGAUCGGAUCCCGGGCCGGGUUGCUCUCAAAUCGACACCCGCGCGUCGACGAAAAGGACUGAUGGGUGGAACCCGAGGGUUUCUAAUUCGAUUCCGCGUGAAAUUGCAGACGACGAGGAGGCGAAGGUCGGCGAAUACAACGGGCUCUUCGACCGGCUGGACCUGGACAAGGGCGAGGCCAUCUUCUGGGCCGACGGGUUGCCGCCGCGCGACCGCACCAAGGUGGAGACAAUUCCAAGCAGAGUCAACUUGACCAUCUACUCCGUCCUUGUGACCAUAUCUUGCUUGGGAAUCAUCAUGGCAUGUUACUUCCUCGGCAUUAAUAUCAAACACCGCAAUCAGAGGUUCAUCAAGAUGUCGAGCCCGCACUUGAACAACCUCAUCAUCCUGGGUUGCAUCUUGACCUACUCCAGCGUAAUUUUCCUGGGACUGGAUUCCCAACUGACGAGCAUCGACUCGUUCCCGUACAUUUGCGCUGCCCGAACCUGGAUCCUCAUGGCGGGUUUCACCUUGGCCUUUGGCUCCAUGUUCUCCAAAACGUGGAGGGUUCACACCAUUUUCACGGAUAUCAAACUCAACAAAAAGGUGAUAAAAGAUUACCAGCUUUUUAUGGUGGUUGGGAUUUUAUUAGCGAUCGACAUCGCCAUCAUGACCACGUGGCAGAUUGUGGAUCCGUUUUCGAGGGCUCCGGAUCCGUCUGAUAAGGACGCCGAAUUGGUGCCGGUUCAAGAGUAUUGCGAAAGCAGACACAUGACGGUGUUUGUUUGCGCGAUAUACGGUUACAAGGGGCUGUUGUUGAUUUUCGGUUGUUUCCUGGCGUGGGAAACGCGGAAUGUGAGCCUGCCAGCACUCAAUGACUCCAAAUACGUGGGCAUGAGUGUGUACAACGUGGUCAUCAUGUGCAUCCUGGGGGUUGCCAUCUCUUUUGUGCUCACUGACCAGCAGGACGCCGCCUUCCUCAUCAUCUCCGUCUUCAUCAUUUUUUGUACCUCCGUCACCCUUUGUCUCGUCUUUGUGCCAAAGUUGAUAGAAUUGAGGGUGAAUCCGAGUGGAGCCGAGCAGAACCGAGUGCGAGCCACUUUGAAGCCGCCUCGGAGCUCGAGGAGCGACUCCUUUGAAGACACCCUGCUUCAAGACAACUUGAAGAGGGCCAGAAACAACAACACACAGCUCAAGCGACAGGUGGACGAAAGGCAGAAUAUUAUCCUUAAUUUAAUGAAUAAUCUCUUAGGAGACCUUCGAGUUCUUACCUACAGUGAUAUGAAACCGGAACCCGAGUCCAGUUCGAUGCUUUCUCUCAAUUCCCAAAACGCAGAAAUGGUGCCUUUGACUUACGAGAGUUCGCAU